AAUUUGGAGGACUCCUACUACGGAAAACCGUCAGCUGCUGCUUUCUUCCCUUCCCCCAGGCUCCCCAGCUAUAAAGAAGCAUCCAUCUCCCCUCCUUUCCUCACAACCCCAAGCCUUCAACCACCCCCUUCCCCCAAAUUAGAGAUCGAUCUCAAGAAGAAGAAUGGGUUCCGUCUCUCGCUCUUCUUUGGAUCAGAAGCUGGCCAUGGCAAAGCGCUGCUCCCACGAGGGAGUUGUCGCGGGAGCAAAGGCGGCCGUGGUUGCAACUGUUGCCUCGGCCAUUCCUACUUUGGCUAGCGUUAGGAUGAUCCCAUGGGCGAGGUCCUUCCUUAAUCCCGCAGCUCAGGCCCUCAUCGUUUCAUCAGCGGCGGGGGCGGCGUACUUCAUAGUUGCGGACAAGACGGUGUUGGCUGCAGCAAGGAAAAACUCGUUCAAGGAUGCUUACCAGGCUGACAUCAAGGCUUGAGAGUCCGACAUGAUAGCUAGCUACUUCUACAUCUUGAUGCAGAUCUCCGUUCUUGUAUGAGAAAUGCUGUGUGUAAAAAGUUAUCGGCUGGAAGCUUUUACCUUAUAAUCAUCUUCCUACCAAAAUCGUAGAUAAUAUUUCCCUUUCUCAUGAGGAGUACUUUUCACGAGAAACCUGUUGUUGAUCAAGGAUUUUGGAUCUUUCUGUAUAUGCAAAUCGUACAACUACGAAUAUUAAUCGUGCA